AGGGGUUAAGGGGGAUCUGUGUGUGUGUCUUUGUGGUUGUCAUAAUGGCCGCCGGUCUCAUCCGCCUGAGAGGAGGAACCAGAGGACGAGUUGGUGAAGAUUAAUCUGAGUGGCAUGUUGUCUCCCUGGGAUGCGGAGCAGUGGUGGUGUACCCCAGUGGUCCGUGGGCUCUUCAGCUUUUAGUGAAUUGUGUGCUGCACAUACGCGCUUAGCUCCCUUCCUGUAUUAGCGCCUCUAGAUAUCUGAACCUGCCGGAGAGGUUAAGCAAUAUGGAGAUCACUUUACCGAGCUCCGCAGUGGGUCCUUCGAGCAUUUUUUUUUUGUGUUGGGGGGGUAUUUUACAGUGAGAGGGUAGAUUCGGGGUGAUUCUUAUUUAAUUUUUCCCUCAGGAGGGGGAUUAUCUUGCAUCAUUGGCUGAUUAAGUGUGAGCUGUCAUAGAGGUGUCGUGUGCACUUUCCUGCUCACGUUGUAGGGGCAGCCCUAUGGGGGGGUGCCCUUCCAACCCCCACCACCCCUGUCCAAACAAGAACAGUCCAUCCAAACACACACACUCACGCGCACACACACACACACACACCUAAUGGCCGGCUGGCAGAGAGGUUGCUGCUAAGGGCAACAAGUUGUGUGUGUGUUUAUUAGGUGUCUGCAGUUCUAAUAAAGGAAAGCGCUGCGUCCUCCACUGCCUCAUCAGAUGGCUUUGCUCUGAUUUCUGUCCGAGCGUCGGUCAGGUCUGCAGUGGAGCUGGAUGGCUUGCAGCCUCUGGAUCAUCUGGUGAGAAGAAGAAACGCGUUCGGGGAGGACUUCAUCUAUCUUUUCUUUUUCCCCCGAUUUUUGCUUUGCUAUGGAACGAGUAUGAGUUUAUAGGAGAGUGAGGAACUUUUAGACGAUGUUUGUUUGAACUGGUGUAAAGUGUGUACAUAUAUACAGUGUAUAUAAGAGCGAGAGAGUGUGUGUGUUUGUAUGGUGUUGCCCACUCCAUUGGAAAUGCUGGGGUGUCCAGCGAGGUUAUUUUUGGAUCAGUGACAGCGUGUCAAUGGCUGCAGAUGCGUCGCAAGGAAAGGCUCUGAGAUACCAGCAGACCCUGCUGUACGGGGAGUACAGGGAGCAGCAGGGAAGCUUUGCCCGACGUGAGGCUGCCCGUCUGCUGACAGAGAGACAAUGCAGGAGACAGGCGGGGGACAACACCACCGGCCGAACAGGGCACGGCCGGCGGCAUCAGCAUCAGCAUCACCCAGUGUCCCUGGAGCCGUAUCACAGCCACGCCUCUUCCACCAAGAAGCCUCGUCCCUACUCAAAAUGCCAAGAUUGUUUUGCUCGUGUGCGGCGGUACAUAGUGACCAAGAUGGGGGAGGACUGGAUAUUUCUGGUUCUUCUGGGACUGACUAUGGCUCUGGUCAGCUGGAGUAUGGACUACACCAGCGCCAAGAGCCUGCAAGCUUAUAAGUGGAUGCAUGGGGAGCUAAAGGGCAAUGUGCCACUCCAGUACCUCGCCUGGGUUACCUAUCCCAUGAUCCUUGUCAUGUUCGCCUCGCUCUUUUGUCACCUGGUUUCCCCACAGGCCAUCGGUUCUGGCAUUCCUGAGCUGAAAACCAUCCUGAGAGGUGUAGUGCUGAAGGAGUAUCUGACCCUCAAAGCCUUUAUAGCUAAAGUCGUCGGGCUGACUGCUGGCUUAGGCAGUGGGAUGCCGGUGGGCAAAGAGGGUCCAUUCGUCCACAUCGCCAGUAUCUGUGCCGCAGUGCUGAGUCGAUUCAUGUCCAUCUUCUCUGGAGUCUAUGAGAACCCUUAUGGUUACACAGAUAUUCUGACUGUUGGCUGUGCCGUGGGGGUGGGAUGCUGUUUCGGCACUCCACUUGGAGGGGUGUUGUUCAGUAUUGAGGUCACGUCUACCUACUUUGCGGUGAGGAAUUAUUGGCGGGGAUAUUUUGCCGCCACAUUCAGCGCCUUCAUAUUCAGGGUGCUCUCUGUUUGGAACAAGGAUGCUGUCACAAUCACAGCUCUCUUCAAAACUAACUUCCGGAUGGAUUUCCCCUUUGACCUGCAGGAGCUGCCUGCAUUUGCAAUAAUAGGGAUCUCGUGUGGCUUCCUGGGGGCGUUCUUCGUCUACCUGAACAGACAGGUGGUCCUCUUCAUGAGGAGACCGACAGCACUCACACGCUUCCUAACCAAACAUCGAUUGAUCUAUCCAGGUGCAGUGACACUGAUCAUCGCCACCUUAACGUUUCCACCUGGAUUUGGACAGUUUAUGGCUGGAGAGUUGAUGCCCAGAGAGUGUAUCAACUCCCUGUUUGAUAAUUUCACCUGGACCAAAAUCUCAGGAUCUGCUCCGCCCGGCCUGGGUCGCUCCUCUGCAUGGAUUCAUCCUCAUGUCAGCGUCUUUGUCAUCCUCCUCCUCUUCCUCGUCAUGAAGUUCUGGAUGUCAGCACUUUCCACCACGAUGCCCAUCCCCUCCGGUGCCUUUAUGCCAGUGUUCAUAUUAGGAGCUGCUUUCGGCCGCCUCGUGGGGGAGAUCAUGGCCACUCUUUUCCCAAAUGGAAUCCUGUUUGAUGGGAUAGUCUACCGCAUCCUGCCGGGAGGUUACGCCGUCAUUGGUGCGGCAGCGAUGACGGGAGCCGUCACACACACGGUUUCCACUGCAGUAAUCUGCUUUGAGCUGACUGGUCAAAUCUCUCACAUCCUACCGAUGAUGGUGGCUGUCAUCCUAGCAAACAUGGUGGCCCAAGGUCUGCAGCCUUCUCUCUACGACUCCAUCAUCCAGGUGAAGAAGCUGCCCUACCUGCCUGAGAUGGCCCUCGGACACAUCGGCAAGUAUAACAUCUUUGUGGAGGACAUCAUGGUGCGCAAAGUUAAGUUCCUGUCUUCUCACUCCACCUAUCGGGAACUGAACGAUCUGCUUGAGACCACAUCUCUGAAAACUAUCCCCCUGGUCGACUCUAAAGAAUCCAUGAUUCUUCUGGGCUCCAUCGAGAGGACGGAGCUUCAAGCCGUCUUCGACUGGUGGCUCUCACCAGAGAGGCGAGUCUUUGAAAGAGGUCAGAGCUCCCCAGGCCAGGGCUCUAAAGUCAGCUGGGAGUCCUUCACCUUUGUAGACGAGGACGGGGGAGAGGAGAGCGCAGACAAGACUGCUCCAGUCCAGGAAGAAUGUAACGGGCCCAUCCCAUCCGCCAGAGCUCAGGAGCCCUCCACCAACCACACAGGUUCAGACAAGCGCAAGCUGCCAUCUGUCAGCAGGGCUCUUCAGAGACUCUUCUCCUCCACAUCUUUGUCAGGCCAGAUUGAAACUCAGGAGACCACGCCCCCUCCGCUGACGGACACCAUGUCCCCAGAGGAGAUCAAAGCCUGGGUAGAGGAAGAGCUGGAUAAACCAAUCGAUAUGGAGCAGAUACGUAUAGACCCCUCCCCGUUUCAACUGGUGGAAAGGACUUCUCUCCACAAGACCCACACUCUGUUCUCUCUGCUGGGUCUCAGUCACGCCUAUGUCACCAGUAUCGGAAAGCUGGUGGGUGUCGUGGCACUGAAAGAGUUACAGAAAGCUAUAGAGGGCUCAACUCGCAGUGGGGUGAAGCUUCGUCCCCCUCUGGCCAGCUUCAGAGACGCCAGCAGGAAAACCAAGAAGCACCAGCCUCCCUCAUCCACCCCUUCCUCCCCCACUCGGGACAAAGACCUGUGGGGGGAGGGGAGCAGGAGGGAGGGAGAGCUGGGGAGGAAGGAGUCCAACGAGGAUUCCAGAGGAAAGGCAUCGUCUUCCAGGGGAGCUCCUGGGUGUGACACUGCUCCCUCCUCCCCCAGCAGCUCUGUCCACACAAGAGGAGCUGACGGGGAUUCACAAGAGCCAGCAUCCCCUUCUACCUCCUCCCCUACCUCACCUUCACCUCCUGCCUCACCUGUGUCACCCACCAGCCCUGCCCUCACACUAUCCUCCCUGCAGGAGGACAGGGAGAGCGAGGAGUCCGAUGAGCCCAUAUAGACUGGGUUCAAGAGAAAAGACUUUCAUUUCACUCCUUCUCCCCCAGAGACAGAGCUGCUGUCUGGGUGGAGGAGUCGGGCUCACCUGCAGACCCUCAGACAUUCAGCUCUCAGAGAGCAGGACGAGCUAGUGCACAUAAAGCUCCUGAAACUUGUAGUACAGGAUUUUUUUUUUCUACUCUUAUAAUUUCACUCUCAAAAUCUCAGGGGGCUUCCUGUGUCUUUUGAACUGCAGACGGACAAACAUGUUCAGUCGCACAUAUCACGAAUGUUCAAUGUCCAUACAUACAUGUAUCUUGGAAAUGUUGAUUGUAGCUCUGUCAUAUUUCAGUGUCUGUUCAUUUAAUCAAACGUUAACUGACAGCAAUGAAUUGUAUGAUAAUGAAAUAAUAUAUUGAUGAAGACUUAAUUAAUUUGACCUGGAGGUCAAAGAGAUCAUGCAUUUAAAGUUUACUGAUUAAGGUUGAUUUUAAUUAUAACUUACAAUUAUCAGAUAUUUUCUGUAUGCUAAAUGUUCAAAUCAU